AUGUCUCGGCCGAAGCGCAAGGUCGCCGAGCUCGGCGAGCACGCGCUCUCGGCGGCGGUGGGCGACGUCGUGGCCCGGACCAUGUCCGCGGCGGUCGGCAGGUACGACGCGCAUGCGGCCGUCGACGACCAGCUGGAGCGCCUGGGCACGCUGGUCAUCAUGGUGCGCAGCGCCGUGGACGAGGCCGAGCGCGUUCACGUCUCCGGCUGGUGGCUGCGCCGCUGGCUCUGGAAGCUCCGCGACGCCGCGCUCGACGGCGACGAGGUGCUGCGGCUCUUCCGGCAGCGGCGGCAGGCCGAGCUGGCGGCCGAGAUGGGGCGCGGCGGGCUCUGGAACGCCGCCACGCGCGUCGCGCGGUCGGCGAGGAGCCUGGUGCAGCCCCGCGGCGGCGGGGACGUUGUGCACCGGCUGGGCCGCACGGUGGCGCGGUUGGAGAAGCUCUGCGCGGGCCUCGGCGACUUCCUCAAGCUGCUCGAGCUGGAGAUCAUGAGGUCGCUGCGGGCGCCCCCGCCGUCCGGUCCCGCAGAAGUUCGAGGCCACGGCGGCGAUCUGGCGGAGUCCAUCACCCUCAGUCAUCAGGACCACACGAGCCUCGACGGAUCGGAGUCCGAGCUCGACCUGUCCUACAUUUCGGACGACGAGGAGUGUAUUUCGCAAGCGGAGUACAUUGCAUGCACGGUAGCGAUCGGCCUGCAGAUCGUGACCCGAAAGCUCCGGCGAGCGACGGGCAGGCUGAGGACGCCGGCGCCGCCCGGCUCGUGCAGUAAUCCCCUGGUACCACCGGGGCUGGAGCCGGACACGGGCAGGCUGCAGGGGAUGGUGGCCGACAUCCGCGACGCCGUGGGCAUCGGCGGCAGGGCGGGGGUCGACGGCAAGCGCAGGUGGCUCGCGGAGUGGCGCCGCGAGCUGCAGGCCGUGGCGGAGAGGGCCGACCGCGUGCUGCAGCAGCUCGCCGUGCCGCUGGCGCCUACCCCUGCGCAAGCAGGUGGUGGUGGAGACGAAGCUGGUGCGGCGACUUCGCUCGGCGACGAUGGGGCGUGGAGGACGGCGCGGAGUGUGGAGACGGCAGCGGCCCAUCUGAGAGCCUAUGUCACGUUGGUCAGGCUCGCUGUCGUGGCUAAUGCCGUGGCCUAGCUCGUCGAACACAAUUCAUUAGAGGAUGGAAUCUCUGAUAAUCGAAGCA